GCUCCUUUGUUUCUGUUCUAGGUUUCUAGCACGGGAUCAUCCACCGAUCGCAUCACGCCAGCCACAGGCCCGCUGCCAUGUCGAAGUUAAAGAGCUCUGAGUCGGUGAGGGUGGUGGUGCGGUGCCGGCCGAUGAACAGCAAAGAGAAGACGGCUUCGUAUGAAAAAGUUGUUAACGUGGAUGUCAAGUUAGGGCAGGUCUCGGUGAAGAAUCCGCGGGGAACAUCUCAUGAACUGCCUAAAACUUUCACCUUCGAUGCUGUGUAUGACUGGAAUUCCAAGCAGGUUGAACUCUACGAUGAGACCUUCAGGCCUCUCGUGGACUCUGUCCUGCAAGGAUUUAACGGGACAAUCUUUGCGUAUGGGCAGACUGGGACAGGGAAAACAUACACGAUGGAAGGGGUGCGUGGCGAUCCUGAAAAACGAGGGGUCAUCCCCAACUCCUUCGAUCACAUCUUCACCCACAUCUCUAGAUCUCAGAAUCAGCAAUACCUAGUUAGAGCUUCUUAUCUGGAAAUCUACCAGGAAGAAAUCAGAGACUUGUUAUCAAAGGAUCAGUCCAAGCGGCUGGAGUUAAAGGAGAGACCAGACACUGGUGUCUAUGUCAAGGAUUUGUCCUCCUUUGUCACGAAAAGCGUCAAAGAGAUAGAGCACGUCAUGAACGUGGGAAACCAGAAUCGCUCCGUUGGUGCCACCAACAUGAACGAACACAGCUCUCGGUCUCAUGCCAUUUUUGUGAUCACUAUCGAAUGCAGCGAGUUAGGACUCGACGGAGAGAAUCACAUCCGUGUUGGGAAACUCAACCUGGUGGACCUUGCGGGCAGCGAGCGACAAGCCAAGACUGGAGCGCAGGGGGAAAGGUUAAAGGAGGCCACUAAAAUCAAUCUCUCUCUUUCGGCUUUGGGCAACGUUAUCUCUGCCCUCGUAGAUGGCAAAAGCACACAUAUUCCGUACCGGGACUCAAAGCUGACCAGGUUACUUCAAGACUCAUUAGGUGGCAAUGCCAAAACUGUGAUGGUGGCCAACAUAGGCCCUGCCUCUUACAACGUAGAGGAGACUCUGACAACGCUGAGAUACGCCAAUCGUGCCAAAAACAUCAAGAACAAGCCGCGAGUGAAUGAGGAUCCUAAGGAUGCUCUGCUACGAGAAUUCCAGGAAGAGAUCGCUCGGCUCAAGGCCCAGCUGGAAAAACGGUCUAUUGGCAAAAGAAAGAGGAGGGAAAGGAGGAGAGAUGGUGGGGAAGAGGAGGAGGACACUGAAGAGGGUGAGGAUGAAGGAGAUGACAAAGAUGACUAUUGGAGGGAGCAACAAGAAAAGCUGGAGAUUGAGAAGAAAGCUAUAGUUGAGGAUCACAGCUUGGUAGCAGAAGAAAAGAUGAGACUGCUGAAAGAGAAGGAGAAGAAAAUGGAGGACCUGAGGCGAGAGAAGGAAGCAACAGAAAUGCUGAGUGCUAAAAUCAAGGCAAUGGAAAGCAAGCUUCUGGUGGGAGGGAAAAAUAUUGUGGAUCACACAAACGAACAGCAGAAGAUCCUGGAGCAGAAACGACAGGAAAUUGCAGAACAGAAACGUCGGGAGCGGGAGAUCCAGCAACAGAUGGAAAGUCGGGAUGAGGAGACACUAGAGCUGAAGGAGACCUACAGCUCUCUUCAGCAAGAGGUGGACAUAAAGACCAAAAAGCUCAAAAAGUUAUUUUCCAAGCUGCAAGCCGUGAAGGCAGAGAUCCAUGAUCUCCAGGAAGAGCACAUCAAGGAGCGCCAGGAACUGGAGCAGACCCAGAAUGAACUUACCAGGGAGCUCAAGCUAAAGCACCUGAUUAUUGAAAAUUUUAUUCCUUUGGAAGAAAAGAAUAAGAUCAUGAACAGAUCAUUCUUUGAUGAAGAGGAAGACCAGUGGAAGCUGCAUCCCAUAACCCGUCUGGAUAACCAGCAGAUGAUGAAGAGGCCGGUCUCUGCUGUGGGAUACAAAAGGCCGCUGAGCCAACACGCCAGGACGUCCAUGAUGAUUCGUCCAGAGGCCCGGUACAGGGCAGAGAACAUCGUGUUACUGGAGCUUGACAUGCCCAGCCGGACGACGAGAGACUACGAAGGUCCAGCCAUUGCUCCCAAAGUUCAGGCGGCUCUAGAAGCGGCUCUGCAGGAUGAGGAUGAGAUACAGGUGGACGCUUCAACCUUCGAGAGCACUGCAAAUAAAAAAUCAAAACCCAGGCCCAAAACUGGAAGAAAAUCAGGGGGACCCUCAUCAGCAGGCACCCAUAGUUCUCAGCUCUACCCACAGUCCCGAGGGCUGGUUCCAAAGUAAAACCAGCAGAUCCUCUCCAGAGCGCCAACAGCCUUUGCCUUCUGAGAGCAGAGACAAGUAGAAACCUGCAGAGAGCUCCCGGCCAGCCUCCAGCCCCUCUCCCCUGGAGAUGGCCUCUUUGCUCUUUAACUGACUUGUGCCAGUCCAGGUGCACUGAGCCACGGGAAGAUAACGUGCUUGCGAUUCAGCAUUUGGCCUCUGUGGGAAACAGAUUUUAGUUAGGGAAUCAGAAAUGCAUGAGGUACGUUCAAGUGUGUUAGAAGCAAUGGGAAGCAUGGGGAUCACCUCACAGCACCACCGCCUCUCUUUCUGCACUCGCCCUUCUGCUGCACUGAGCUUUUUUUUGCUGUUGGGCAAUAAAAAGACAGAGUUGAAAGUCAUCUCAACAGAACCACCGCUCCAGAGCUCCAUAGUGAGGACCAAAUGAGGGGAAAAAGCAGAGGAUCUGUCCAAACUUGACUAGGUGCAUAGUUUUUCCUCUUCCUGCUUGAGAAACCGGCGGCAUCGUUUGGGGUCAGGCAGCUGGUGUGACCGGGCAGGACGGCAGCAUGGCCCCACCGCCCGGGAGCUGGGCUCCCUUUGCAGCGGGAGGACAGAAAAGGGGCCUCGAAAGCAACUCUGCGCUCCCGAGAAAGGAGGAGGUGUAGGAACUGAAGUCCCUUCCUUGUUUACAGGCCUAAGUAAGAGCUCCUCUAACCUGACCUCCUGCAGACCUCACCCCCACCACCGGGAACCACCUUCUCAAGGAUCCGGCCCGUGCCCCCACGCCAGCUCCGCAGCUUGCUGCCUCCCUCCUGCCUCCGCCUCUGGCCUUUGGCAGCAGCGGCCGUCGGAAGCCCUUUGCUGCGGGGUGCUGGACGGCCGUUUCCUCCCGUCUCCCGCUGCUCCCGGGAGACGCCGGCUCCUGGCAGGCUGCCCCGGGGCUGCCGGGGGCGCGCGCUUCCGUCCCUUCCCGUGGUGUCUGAGGAGGUUCAGCGUUCCGUACCUACGCUGGCGGUUUUCCCAGCCCCCGCAGAGCCCGCUGGGAGUGGAAGCACAUGGAACCGAGCCUGGGUAACGGAACUGGUUGGUAAUUCCAGGGGUUUUAUUUUGAAAACAAGGGAGGAAGAACUCCUGCUUUUUGACGGUCUCUUUGCAAAGCUGCCCUAGGACUGAGGCUCCGGUAACGCCGCGGGCUCCCGUGGCAGGGCAGGGGGAGGUGGAACUGCCACGCUAAGGACAGAGUAAGGUGUCCCUGUCUAGUGUCUCACAGCCCAAUCGUAAGUUUUAGUUCACUGUAUAUCGAGACGUGGGAUGUUACUUUUUCUGGUUGCCGUUGGCUGUCAUCCUGUGAAUGUUUUUACCUAUUUCCUCUCCCUCACUGACGACUUCCUCCAGACUGACAUGUGUGAGUGUCUGAGGACUUGCCUGGUUUUAGAAAUGCUCUGAGGUGUGGACUCUGCCCUGUGAAGUGUCCGCUGAGUGACCUCACCCAGGCCCCAGAGCUCCGUCCUCUUCAGCCCCCACGCGCAGCUCACCCCGGCAUCCUGCGGGCACGGUGCCCCGGUGAGCCGCCUGCCCCCUGGGCCCGCUGAAACGCCAGCUCGGCUGCUUGGAUCCGUGGAGUGCUCCUCUGGACCACAAGAGUAAUAUAUAUAUACACACAUACAUGCAUAUAUACAUAUAUAUGUAUUAGUUUUGGUGGAGGAAAGAGGAGUUCGCUUGUAAUUGAGAAAGCAGGCAUCUGACAACUUCCUUCCAACCUGAACAUGGAAACCUGGCAUCAUCUUCCUUUUUACAAAGCACUGUUUUUGUACAGGGAGCCUUUUAAUUGGCUCUUGUUGCAUAUUCUAACGUCACCUUCUCUUCCCUCUCCUUCCUCUUUCUCUCUAGCACAUAAUCUUCUGUAUUUGGACAUUUUAAAAGAUGAUUGUGUGGUGUAAGUGCUCAGAGAACUGAAAUGAAACAAGGGGAGGGGGUCUAAAAUCUGAAAUAGCAACAAGAUACGUAACCACGUCUGUGUACAUACCUACGUUACACGUAUGUUUUCUGUGAAUAAGGCAUACACAGACCCCUCUGUGUCUGCACAUACGCACACUCUUCCCUGGCCGCUGCUGUUCCGUAGGGAAUUCUCUGUUAAACUCGUGUGCUGGAAACUUCCCCCUGUGGCAGGACUGGUACAGUGGAAAUGGCCACACAAACCCCGACUGUUCUCGUCUUAGUGUUGAUAAGCUAGCUGGUUAAUAUGUCAGAAAGGCUCUGCUUUUAAUUCUGUAGAAAUUCAUUAGCAAGGUGAAAGAAAUUCGGUAGGGUGGAAAAAGAAUAAAACUGCAUAUUUAGUCAUUGUAUUUAAAUUGGAGCUGUGGUUGGAGAUUUGGUUAGUGCGUUGAGGAGCAAUCGCGGAUUGUUACUGUUGGAGUCUCAUUCCAAUGGACUUACCCUCGACCAGAUACUCAGUGGCACUGAUAUUAAGAUAAAAUACAUUGUCUUAAGCUGUACAAAACGUACUGAGCUCUGGGUUGAAAUUUUUAAGAAACAUUCCUGCCGAGUUUGCCCCUCUCUGGUGUUACCUGAACCAUCUGGGCUUCCUGCAGGUGAAUGGCCAAAGGAAAUCCAGCCGGCUCCUGAAGAGGCCCUCGGACAGCGCGCGCCCUCGUAGUUUCUUCGUGGCAAUGUUUAACAUCCUUCUCAUCUCUGCUCUGAUCUGUAUAAUGGCAUCUUUUUUUAAAAAAAAUGACGUGGAGCAGAAGUCGGCCCUUGGCUCUGGGAGCAAGCACUGCCUGACACCCCUGGGGCAGAGGAAUUAAAGCACUUUCUGAAAAUCCUUAACAUAGGUCUGGCGCCUUUUUAAAAUUAUUUGCAUGCUGCUUGAAUCUUCUAAACCCCAUCCCCCCUCUGUCACAGCAUCUCGGGCCACACUGAUGCAUUAUAGAGAUCAGACUCGUGUCGAGUGUCCUCGUGGGUGGUGUAAGCCUGCCUUCCCUCAACAGGGUGCUUGCCAGGUGCCGGCGCGACACCUGCAAACUGGGAUCUGUCCUGCAAACUGGGAUCUGGUUAACACGUGCCAGGCUGUUACCGCUCCCGUGUGUCUGUUUCCGCUGCAUUAAAACACGAAUUGGAAAAGUUAACCUGCCAAAGCCAUAAUCGGAUGCGGAGAUGGAAAUGAAAUAACGCUGGUCCUGUCUGCGCUGCACCAUGCAGGGGGAGUUUAAGCUCUCUGGGGUCCAGGCACUUCCUACCCCCUUCAGGCCCCUCUGGUUUUGAGGCAAAGCGCCCAGGCGCUCCCUGCAGGCACUGCGACCGCGGGAGAACUCGCAGCUCCCCUGGAGGUUCACCCAUCUCCACCUUCUCCUAGGUGAUCUGUAGACAAAGAACCUGUCAAUAGUUCUGUCCAUAGUUUUACAGCUUAUAUUUAUUUGUAUCAUUUCUUUUGUCUAGGAAUGUAAAGUGAUCCUAAAAUACGACGUGUAAUAAAGUCAAUGAGAUUUAUUGCAUCUAU